CCGGCCGCUCUGGCAGCUCCGGAGCCGCGGAUCUCUGAGAACACUUGCCCCGGGGAUCCUCGGAGCGCUGGCCAUGAGAGCUCUGUGGGUGGCGUUGUGCGCCCUGACGCGCCUGUGGCCCGGGGCCCUGGCCAGCUGCGCCGAGGCCGGGCGCUGCUGUCCCGGCCGGGACCCCUCCUGCUUUGCCCGCGGCUGGAGGAUGGACAGGGUCUACGGGACGUGCUUCUGCGACCAAGCCUGUCGCUUCACCGGGGACUGCUGCUUCGACUACGACAGGGCGUGCCCAGCUCGCCCGUGCUUCGUGGGGGAGUGGAGCCCCUGGAGCGGUUGUGCGGACCAGUGCAAGCCCACAAGCCGCGUGCGGAGGCGCUCGGUGCGGCAGGAGCCUGAGAACGGCGGCACGCCCUGCCCGCCUCUGGAAGAGCGAGCCGGCUGCCUGGAGUACUCCACCGCGCAGGGCCGGGACUGCGCGCACGCCUUCGUCCCGGCCUUUAUAACAACCUCUGCAUUCAACAAGGAGAGGGCGAGGCGAGCGGCGUCUCCACAGUGGUCCCCUCACACAGAGGAUGCCGGAUACUGUAUGGAGUUCAAGACAGAGUCCUUGACCCCUCACUGUGCUCUGGAAAACCGGCCGCUGACCCGAUGGAUGCAGUAUCUCCGAGAAGGUUACACAGUGUGUGUGGAUUGUCAGCCUCCAGCUAUGAACGCCGUGAGCCUUCGCUGUUCUGGGGAUGGCCUGGACUCUGACGGAAAUCAAACUCUCCAUUGGCAAGCAAUUGGCAAUCCUCGAUGUCAAGGAACUUGGAAAAAAGUGCGGAAAGUAGACCAAUGUUCUUGUCCAGCUGUUCACAGUUUUAUUUUUAUAUAGAUUGUGAUCUAAAUGUUUCAAAAUGCAUUUGGAAACAU